AUGGGCAGUCCCAAGCCCUGCACAGAAAUUUGGCUCAAGACCCGGCAGAAUGGGGAAAAAAAACUGGGGCCCAUGUGCAAAGCAGAACUUACUGGAUUGGGGAGCCGAGCCCCAAACCCACGGGUCGUUGUUCGGCAAGUGCCGCAUCAGAAUCUUUCCUUGCGGAGAGAAUAUUCGGGGGUGCAACGAAAUGAUGCUGGCAAGGGCAAACCUGCCACUCUUGUGUGGUCUGUGCAUAGCCAGGAGAGUAUAAUUGGUGUGGUGAUUGGAAAAACAGAUGCGAAAGGCUUUCCAGACAGAAAAAACAUUGGUGCGGAAAGAUACACUUUUGGUUUUACUGUUCGUGAUUCGCCAUCUUGCUUCAUAAACAUAAAUUCUUGGGGAAGAGAGGAAUACGUUAAGUCGCUUUCAGAAAGUUUUAGAGUCGGUGACUGUGUCAUCAUUGAAAACCCUUUACUACAGACCAAAGAAGUAGAAAAGGAGGAAAAAUAUAACCCUGCGACACCAAGCUGCUACAAGCUACUGCUCAGCGAGAUUCAUUCCGUGGUCAAAAUCUGCUCUCGCUGUGAGGUGGACCCCGAGCUGCUGUCGCUGUUGCAUGUGCCCGUGAAGGACCCUCAGGAUUUUUACUCACUGGGGGACAUUGUGGCCAACGGACAGAGCUUGGAGGGGAAAAUCAUUAACGUCCUUGCUGCCGUGAAGUCGGUUGGCGAGCCAAAGUAUUUCACCACUUCAGACAGACGAAGAGGUCACAGGUGCGAAGUGCGGCUGUUUGAUGAAACACAGUCUUCCUUUCUGAUGAUAUGCUGGGACAAUGAAUCCAUCCAGCACGCACAGAGCUGGAUGCCUCGAGAAACAGUAAUCUUUGCAGCAGAUGUGAAAAUAAACUUUGACAAAUUUAGGAACUCCAUGGUUGCAACCGUAAUCUCCAAAACCAUUAUUACGCCUAAUCCUGAUACGCCAGAAGCAAACAUUCUUCUCAACUUCAUAAGAGAGAGUGCAGAGAUGUUAGCUCUUGAUGAUGAAAUAGGAGACCAGUUCAGAGAGCCCAUAAACUUGCAGGCAAUAGCUGAGGUUUAUACAGUGGAGCAGAUAAAGACGAAAGUUUUACAAAACGAGGGGAAACCAGAACCUUUCUAUGGCAUUAUUUUUGCCUAUAUUUCCAUGCUGAACAUUGAUAGCGAAACAGCUAAAAUAAUACGAAACAGAUGUGCCAGGUGCCACUACGUGGUCAACGAAACGACCAACGACUGUUCUUUCUGUAGUGGCUUACCCUCCUCGUUAGACACACCGGCCUUCCCCAGCUUUGACCUACUUGUCGAUCUGACUGACCACACGGGCACUUUCCCUUCCUGCAAGCUCUCAGACACAGUGGCCGAAGAAACUUUAGGCUGCACGGUUCAGGAGUUCCUGGCUCUGACAGAGGCCCAGAAGACGGCACUAAAGUGGCAACUUCUUUUGGAACGAAGUAAAAUCUAUUUCAAAGUUACUCUUUCGCACAGUUCAAGGAGUGGACUGAGGACAAGUCUGCUGUCUUGCAAACUAGCCGAUCCUAUAGAGUCGAGCCUAAGUUUGACCGGGAAAGGGAAAGAAACACCCCGCAUGUCUGCCAAACAGCUAGAAGGACUUUAA